AUGCAGUUACGCCACGGUGAGGGUCCGUCUUCCGCGGGACAGCUCGGCUUGCUCACCUGGCACCAGCACUACGGGAGCGUCGGGUACAAGAUACAGAAGGACAACGAGACGCAGUUCCAUCUACCCAAGUGCUUGGCGCGCCAGCCACAGGUGACUCCAGAGGCGCGCUGUAAGCUGGUGAGCUGGCUCAUCCCUGUGCACAAGUACUUCCGCCUGUCCUUCGAGUGCUGCUGCCUAGCAGUGAACAUCAUGGACCGGUUCCUGGCGUCUACGGCUGUUGCUGCUGACUGCUUCCAGCUCCUGGGGGUCACCGCUCUGCUACUAGCUAGUAAACAGGUGGAGGUGUUCUCCCCGCGGAUCAGCCAGCUCCUGGGCCUGUGUUGCCAUGCCUUCUCCAAGCAGCAGCUCUGCAACCUGGAGUGCCUCAUCCUGCUGCGGCUCCACUUCCGCCUGGCCGCCCCCACCCUGGCCUUCUUCCUGGAGUACAACAUCCUCUGCAGUGAGGCCGCCCGGCCGUCGGCUAGCGGGUCACCGUCGGCCCGCUGGGAGAUGAGACGCUCCCCGCGACGCAGCGACCUCGCCAGGAGGAUAUGCGAGCUGAGUCUGGCGGACUACGCCUUCAACAGGUACCUGCCCUCCCUGACGGCCGCCUGCGCGAUGCGACUCUCCCUAGAGCUCCUGGCGGCCGGGGGGCAGCCGGAAGAACCCAACGUGCGCAUGAGCUGCACACAUGACCUCAUCCCGUCAGAGAAGGGGACACUCACGGGAACGUCUGAGGGCGAGCUCUCAGAGGGUGAGCAGUCACGGAUGGACUGCACGCCUGACGAGUCGGGCGACGGCCUAGGGCACUCAGCGGAGGGCUUUGGGCCAGAGGAGCCGGGCCCCCUGUCGGGGGGUCUGGACGGCAGGACCAGCCGCAGACAGAACCUCGCCCUGGAGUGCACAGAGAACUUGAAGCUGUUGGUGUCGCUCAACCGAGAGACGAUACAGGCAAUGUUGACGACGUCAUGAGAUCGAUGCGUCUCACGAUGUCAACGCUGCGAUCCAGUAUUUCAAUGAUUAAUCAUGUUAAACCUUAGGAAAUGAGGAAAUAGACUGCAGUCUCAAUGUUUACAGACAUCUGAGGGAGGCUUCAUGAAGUAAAGGGAAUUUUGUUGUGUUGAAAUAUCCAUAUACCUCAUAGAUGUUUUCGUAAUCGUUGAUGUGAGUUUGAAUAGCUUUUGUUCUAGAGUUGUUGAAUUUAUUUAUUUUCUAUACAAUUUUGUUAACCAUUCAUGAAUUUUGUAGUGUUGUAUGCAAAUCCCAAUUGUGAAAAUUCAAUAAAUGAAAUGUAAUGCAAUAAAAAACUAAGAGCCUAUCGCUUCACUUGAAUGUUAUUAAUGAAACUAAAUAGCAUUUCAAGAAAAAUAAUAUGUUCAUG